UCACUUCUCUCCUCUUCCUGAAUUUGAGCCGUCGGACCCACCGUCUAGCAGUCCACUCGUGAGGCCUGGGGCGAUGGACCCGUUCACCGAGAAGUUGCUAGAAAGAACACGUGCCAGACGAGAGAAUCUUCAGAGAAAAAUGGCUGAGAGGCCUACGGCAGCAGCGAGGUCUGCACCCCAUGUGAAGAGAUGCAGAGAGCCACUCUCAGAAGCUAGUAAUCAGCAGCAGCCCCUGGCAGGGGGCGAAGAAAAAUCUUGUACAAAACCAUCACCAUCGAAAAAACGUUGUUCUGACAAAAUUGAAGUGGAAGCUCCGGACUUGGAGAAUAAAGAACCUGCUGAUGCGGCCAAGCCUUGUUCUCCAAGGCCUGCACCCCGACAGACGAAGCCCCCAGCACCAGCGGCCGUCAGUGAGUCCGGGGCUGCCGCAGCAUCUCUGCUCAGCUCGGCCAGAGGGCUGAGCUCAAGAUCAGAAGCCUCCACAGCCUCCUCAGUUAAGACUCGAAUGCAAAAGCUGGCUGAGCAGCGGCGCCAUUGGGAUAGUGACAUCACAGAUGAUGUGUCAGAGAGUUCACACUUGGCACCAAUGUCAUCUGAGGAAAAGGCCACCUCACCUCCCAAGCCGCCCACUUCAAAUGCCUCCGCUACCCCAGUUGGGAGAAGGGGCCGUCUGGCCAACCUUGCUGCGACGAUUUGCUCCUGGGAAGAUGAUGUAAGCCACUCAUCUGCAAAGCAAAAUAGUGUCCAAGAACAGCCUGGUACCGCUUGUUUAUCCAAAUCUUCCUCUGCAAGUGGAGCAUCUGCUAGCAUCAAUAGCAGCAGUGUUCAGCAGGAAGCCACAGGCUGUUCCCAAAGGGAUGGCAAUACCUCUGUCGGGAAAGGCCCGUCUUCAAAUGCUGCCGAUGGGUCUUUGCUUAAAGCCUCCGUGUCCAGCUCUGUGAAAGCAUCUUCCCCUGUGAAAUCUGCUACAGUCAUCACUGAGCACUGUGAGGUACAAACUCCUGAGCUGCCUCUCAGAACUGUCAGGCCUCUGAAAACAGAGGCGUCGAAACCGUGUGAGAAGCCAGCCGUAUCCCAGGCAGCUCAGCCCAAAGGGGACACCAACAGAGAAGUUUGUCAACAGUCACAGCCCAAGGACAGACUUGCAACACCAGGAGGAAGAGGAAUUAAGCCUUUCCUGGAACGCUUUGGAGAGCGUUGUCAAGAACACAGUAAAGAAAGCCCAACUUACAGAGCAUCUCAUAAAACCCCAAAUAUCACUCCAAAUACCAAAGCCAUCCAGGAGAGAUUAUUCAAGCAAAACGCAUGUUCAUCUACUACCCAUUUAGCACAGCAGCUCAAACAGGAACGCGAAAAAGAACUGGCAUGUCUUCGUGGUCGGUUUGACAAGGGCAGUUUAUGGAGUGCAGACAAGGAUGAGACGCCAAGAAGCAAAAACCCAGAGACCAAGCAGGAAGUUCACUGUCAGAACACUCCCCUCAGGAAACAUCAAAUUGUCUCAAGCACCCCAUCGAUUUCUGUAACAGAUAAGGUGGCUGAAAAUGAAACAGCAGUGAAGAUUCCUAGUGCAGAGCCUGCAGGUUCCACUGAGAGCGAAAUGACAAAGUCCAGCCCUUUGAAAAUCACAUUGUUUUUAGAAGAGGAAAAGUCCUUAAAAGUAGUAGCAUCAGACCCAGAGGUUGAGCAGAAGACCGAAGUAGUGCGCGAAGUCAAGAUGAGUGCGGACGAUGAGGACCUCAAUAGCUCCACCGUCAUCAACGACAUCUUCAGUGACGUCCUAGAGGAAGGGGAGCUGGACGUGGGAAAGAGCCAGGAGGACAUGGACCAGGCGGGAGCCGAGAACAGUGAGGAGCAGGAGGAUGCGCUGAAUAUCUCUUCCAUGUCUUUACUCGCUCCGCUAGCUCAGACGGUCGGUGUGGUGGAUCUGGAGAAUGUAAUUUCUUCACCUAAAUCGGAAUUGAGAGACACUAGCCUAAGUGCUGCAAGUCCUAAACCAGGGAAAUUCCAGAGAACCCGCGUCCCUCGAGCCGAAUCUGGUGACAGUCUCAGUUCUGAGGACCGCGACCUUCUGUAUAGCAUUGAUGCAUAUCGGUCUCAAAGAUUCAAAGAAGCAGAGCGCCCUUCCAUAAAGCAAGUGAUUGUUCGAAAGGAAGAUGUUACUUCAAAAUUGGGUGAAAAGAAUAACAUCUGUUCUGGUCAAGUUAAUAUCAAACAAAGAAUGCAGGAGCUCAACAAUGACAUAAAUCUGCAGCAGACAGUGAUCUAUCAGGCCAGCCAGGCCCUCAACUGCUGUGUGGACGAGGAGCAUGGGAAAGGGUCCCUGGAGGAGGCAGAGGCAGAAAGACUCCUUCUGAUUGCAACUGAGAAAAGAGCACUUCUGCUUGAUGAACUGAAUAAACUGAAGAGUGAAGGACCUCAGAGGAGAAACAAGACUGGUGUCAUACCCCAGAGUGAAUUUGUCCCAUCUAAAGGGUCUGUCACUUUGUCAGAAAUCUGCUUGCCUCUGAAGGCAGAUUUUGUCUGCAGCACCGCACAAAAACCAGAUGCAUCAAAUUACUACUACUUAAUUAUGCUAAAGGCUGGGGCUGAACAGAUGGUCGCCACACCGUUAGCAAGUCCCUCAACCUCUCUUAGUGGUGAUGCGCUGACAUUCCCCACUACGUUUACCCUGCAUGAUGUCACCAAUGACUUUGAAAUAAAUGUUGAAGUUUACAGCCUGGUACAAAAGAAAGAUUCCUCAGGCCCCGAUAAGAAGAAGAAAGCAUCCAAGUCCAAGGCUAUUACUCCAAAGAGACUCCUCACAUCUAUAACUUCAAAAAGCAGCCUUCAUUCUUCAGUUAUGGCCAGUCCAGGAGGUCUCGGUGCUGUGCGCACCAGCAACUUUACCCUGGUUGGAUCUCACACGCUAUCGUUAUCUUCUGUUGGAGACACUAAGUUUGCUUUGGACAAGAUAAAUUUUGAUGUAAGAGAGCAGGAGCUACUGGGCUAUUUGUUCCAGGAAAAGGUUCCUUUUUUAUCUCCGUUGGAAGGUCACAUCUGUUUAAAGAUAAACUGUCAAGUGAAUUCAACUGUUGAGGAGAAAGGGUUUCUUACCAUAUUUGAAGACGUUAGUGGCUUUGGUGCCUGGCAUCGCAGAUGGUGUGCUCUCUCUGGCAACUGUAUCUCUUACUGGACUUACCCAGAUGAUGAGAGGCGUAAGAAUCCCAUAGGAAGGAUAAAUCUGGCCAAUUGUAUCAGUCAUCAGAUAGAACCAGCCAACAGAGAAUUUUGUGCAAGACGAAACACUCUGGAAUUAAUUACUGUCCGACCACAAAGAGAAGACGACCGAGAGACUCUUGUCAGCCAGUGUAGGGACACACUCUGUGUCACCAAGAACUGGCUCUCUGCAGAUACUAAAGAAGAGCGGGAUCUCUGGAUGCAGAAACUCAACCAGGUUAUUGUUGAUAUCCGCCUCUGGCAGCCCGAUGCAUGCUACAAGCCUGCUGGAAAGCCUUAAACCAAGGGAGCGUCUGUCUAUACCAUGGAGAGACUUUGCUAGCUGUGUCACAAAGUGUCUUAAGAAGACAUAGUUAGAAGCACCAGAUUUGCAAGUUGUAUUUUAUGCUUUAACAUAAAAGGGUAUGUGCAAAUAUUCACUACAUAUUAUGCAGUAUUUAUAUCUUUUCUAUGUAAAACUUCACCCAGUUUGUAUUUCAUUUAUACAUGUUUGAGAGUCAAGUACUAAUAUUUGUGAGAAUUGAUAUUCGUGCUAAAUAUAACAUUAAGAGUCUCUUUUUAUAGAAACCUCACUAGCCAGUUAUUCAUGACAAAAGUAUAUAUUAUAAUCAAGUUCUGAAUUGUCCUUUGAAGCUGUGGGUUUUAAGGUCUCCCGUAGGUCGCAAACAGAAACAUGUAGUUUGCUGAGUCCCUCUCCGGCCUCAGUGGUUUUUUAUAAAGGUUGUGGCCAGUCACAGCUCAUGAUAUGACUGGAGUACUGCAAUGAGAAAGGACAACAAACGCUUACCAGCUUAAGCUAGUCGGAGCUGCUUUCUGAAGAGCGGUGGGCAGUGACACUGUAGCAUUUGGGACUGCAUAUUCUAUACAGAAGCAUUAAGAAUCACACAGCUUGUGGUCACUCUGAUCCUAAGUGCACAGUGUGGUCACAUUUUCACAGAGUUCAAGCUUUAUUAAAUAGUUAUUUUCAUAUAUCUUAGAGUCCUCAUAUUAACAUAUUAGCUUUUUCUCUUACAAUAAGAACAAAUGUAAAUUGAAGAACACGUACAUAAGUACCUUUACCAAGCUGCUGGACUACUCCUUUGCUUCCCAGAGUUCUUGUCUUAUGUUCCCUUCCUGUUUAUCUAUGACACUUUCCUCAAAUCUGUUUUGAGAUCACUGAAAAAUAUAGUAAGCUAUGUAUUACCUUUAAAAGCCCAAUACCUUCUUGCAAUUUAAAAAUAUUGAAAUGCAUGGCUUCAGUUCUUACAGUUUGUAUUUCUUUUCUGACUGUUAAUUGAUGGUUUCAUUUAUAAACACUAAAUUCUAUCACUUGCCAUUAUAUUUCCUACUCAUUUAAAUGUGGAUUUUCUUAUGUAUAUUAUAAAAGUAUUUUAUGACAUAAAUAAAUAAAUUGUCAAAGGCA